GAGAUGUCAAUUGCCAUUGUUGGCGGCUGUGUCCGCGUCGCUCCGCCCAUCUCCUCUUGCCUCUCCCUGUGUGUUGGGAGUCUGAGUCCGGCGGGAUAAGGGCAACUCGUCUCCUCCUGCCUGCAGCCGAACAGCUGGACUUCUUCCCAGGGAGACAGAAGAAGCAAAAAGCCGGAGGGAGGGAGGGGGACGCAGGCAGGCAGACCCGACCACAUCCAGCCAGAGCACGGGGUGUCCACUCCACAACAUGUCCUUCAGCCCAAAGCACUCCACCCCCUUCUCAGUCACCGACAUUUUGAGCCCCAUGGAGGACAGCUACAGGAGGUUUGGAGGUGUGGAUCCCGCUGCGGGGAGCCUCGGCUCCCAUCUGGGCUCCUACCGGCAGCAGCAAGUCUCCCAUCAGCCCGGUAUGCAGCACCAUCAGCACCCGGCGCAGCAGCAGCAUCAGCCGCCUCAUCUCCAUCACCAUCACCACCAUCAUCACCAUCACCACCUGUCCUCCUCUUCAUCCUCAUCCUCCUCCUCUUCCUCAGCAGCAGCCAUGGGACCCGCCGGGCCCUACCACCAUGUGCCCCACCACGGGGUCCCGCAGUUCUCCGGGGCCGUAGGAGGAUUCUGUAACGGCGGCAUCGGGAACGUGGGAGAGCUGCCGUCCUACCAGGAGACGGUGAGGGGCGGAGGGGCGGCGGCGGCGUGGUACAGCAACCCCGAGCCCAGAUACCCGACAAUUUCCAGAUUCAUGGGCCCCUCCGGCGGGAUGAACAUGUCCGGGAUGGUGGGCAGCCUGGCCGGGAUGGACUCCGGCGCCAAGUCCAUGGUGACGCUGCACGCGACGCCGCGGAGGAAGCGCCGGGUGCUCUUCUCGCAGGCGCAGGUGUACGAGCUGGAGCGGCGCUUCAAGCAGCAGAAGUACCUGUCCGCCCCGGAGAGAGAGCACCUGGCCGGGCUGAUCCACCUCACCCCGAACCAGGUCAAGAUCUGGUUCCAGAACCACCGCUACAAGCUGAAGCGGCAGGCCAAGGACAAGGCCGGACACGCGCACCAGGAGGAGGGAAGCGGCGGCGGUGGCGGUCUGAGCUCAACGAGUCACCGCGCCUCCUCCGUGUCCCCGGUCAUCUCCAAGAACGGUAAGGGCUGCCGGAACGACUCCAGCGGCUCCAACCAGACCGGAAACCGACAGAGCAGCGCGGGGGAGGCCAUGACGGGGACCCCGCAGCAGCAGGUGAACCAGCUGUCGUCCACGGAGGAGCUGGAGGAUUUGUCCCCGAGCCCACCGAUGGGACUGCACGGUCAGAUUAACAUGACGCAGACGGACGCGGCGCUAAUAGAGUACACGAACAGCAUGAUCGGCUCCAAUUUACUGUAUGGGAGAACUUGGUAGGGAUACCGCGAGGACAGACGGGAGCGGGCCUGUGGGGCUGCAUACCCGGAUGGAUUUUUGAAAGAACCGGCUGGAGGACAAAAACGAGCACCAGACCCCCCCCCCCCUUCUUUCUUUCCGUGCGUAAAGUUCUGGUUCCUUUACGCAAACAGGGACUCAAAAGACAGUGUUUUUGAGCAAUAAGGUGCAAAAAUAAACUGUAUAUAUUAGAGAUUUGAGCCUGGUCUGAAUGUUAAUGUAUUUUGUCACUUCAUAACAAAAUAUUUGUUAAUUUUUUUUUGGUUUUUGUAACACAGAUGUGACUGCUGCUGCGUUUAAAUCAUCAAAUCUGAUUUGAGGGGAUUCAAGAUGAGGCACGCGCCCUGUGCUUCCCAUUCAUUUACAGACAAAUGAAACUAUUGCAGGUUUAUAUAUAAAGUUAAUACAAAGUGAAGCAAUAGAGACCCCUUUG